UCCUCCUUAUCACCAUCACCAUCCUCUCUCUCUUCUCUCUCUCUCUCUCUCAUAGCAAGAUAACCAGUUCUUCAUCACCACCAUGAGUGACCCUUACUAUGAUAAUCUCUACUCAAAGUGGUUCUUCAAACUUGAUCAAUUCACCAAUAGAAAUAGUACUCCAACAAAUUUAUCUUAUCAUCAUCAUGAGUCUAAUAAUAUUCACUAUCAACACCCUCAAAAUAACUACUACUACAACACUAAUUUCCAAUCUUCUUCAUUUCCAAACACUAGAACUACUAUCAAUAGUUGUUUGAACUUCAAUUCAUCGAUGAAUUCGGCCACUAAUCGAUAUCCGACCCCGGCUCCAUCCUCUCCUCCUCUUAGAGAAGCUCUCCCUCUCUUAAGCUUGAGCCCAUCAAGAAAAAAUCUAGAUCAUAAUCAUCAUCAUCAUCAUCAUCAAAAAGAACAAAAAACACCCUCUUGUUGUAGUACUACACAUGAUCAAGAUAUGGAUGUAGAUGAAGAUGAUGAUGUUGAAGAAAAUUAUGAAAAGAAAGGUGUGACUUUGGCACUUCAUAUAGGGUUACCAAAAGCUAGUGCAGCUGAUCUUGCAUCUUUGAUCUCAAAUAAUUCAUCAAAUUCUUCUUCUACUUCUACUUCUAGUGAGAUUAUGCUUUCUAAUAAUAAUAAGAGUACUAAAGAGGGAGAUUAUGAAGGUAGUCAGCUUGUGUAUAGUCCUAUAAUUAGUAGACUCAACAAAGGCCAGUAUUGGAUACCAACUCCUUCUCAAAUUCUUAUUGGUCCUACUCAAUUCUCUUGUCCUGUUUGCUUCAAGACCUUCAAUAGAUACAACAACAUGCAGAUGCAUAUGUGGGGGCAUGGAUCACAAUAUAGAAAAGGGCCGGAAUCUCUAAGAGGAACUCAACCAACUGGCAUGCUAAAGCUACCAUGCUAUUGUUGUGCACCAGGGUGUCGUAAUAACAUCGAUCACCCACGUUCUAGGCCUCUCAAAGACUUUAGAACCCUUCAAACACAUUACAAAAGGAAGCAUGGAAUCAAACCGUUUAUGUGUAGAAAAUGCGGAAAGGCUUUCGCAGUUAGGGGUGAUUGGAGAACGCACGAAAAGAAUUGUGGCAAGCUUUGGUAUUGCAUUUGCGGUUCGGAUUUUAAGCACAAAAGAUCACUUAAAGAUCACAUUAAGGCUUUUGGCCAUGGACAUGGAGCUUAUGGCAUAAAUGGAUUUGAAGAAGAAGAUGAACCUGCAUCCGAAAUUGAGCAAGAUGAUGAGAUUGGUAAUUCAUGAUCAUAGGUAUAAGUAUAAUUUAUAUAUAUAUAUGGUGAUCUUAUUCGUUUUUAUUGAGAAAUAUUGUAGGGAUUCCUUGUAAUUAACUAAUUCAUAAUAUUCAACCAAAACUUUGGUUAAAUACUUUUGCAAUUUCAUUAUG